GUUGCAGCGGCCGCUAGGACAGGAUGAACUACGACGCUGUCCUGCAGCACAUAGGCGAGUUUGGCGCGUACCAGCGCCGUAUAACUGUACUGUUGAGCCUCAUUGCCAUUCCAGCAGGCUUACACACAGGAGCCAUGACUUUCAUCGCCGCCAUUCCCGAGCACCACUGCCGGGUGCCCCAGACAACGUCGGCGGGCGUCAACCUCACCAGGCCCGAGGCUUUAAACCUGAGCGUCCCGAUGGAGGUGGUGGAGGGGACACGGAGACUGAGCCGGUGUAGGAGGUACGACAGGCCAGACCAGGCGGGUUGGCUGAACAGAACCACAAGCACCUGUACUGGGGGCUGGGAGUAUGACCAGAGUCAGUACCGCAGCAGUAUUGUCACACAGUACGACUUGGUGUGCGGCAGGGCCUGGCUCAGAGAGCUGGCACAGUCCAUCUUCAUGGCGGGGGUGGGCCUGGGUGGUAUCAUCUUUGGCGUCAUCUCUGACAGAGUCGGACGCCAUGUGACGCUGAUGACAUGCCUCCUGCUGCAGCUGACGUUUGGCGUGUGUGCGGCGUUCUCCCCCAGCCUGACCACGUUUGCCGUCCUCCGAUUCCUGGUGGGAGCCUUCUGCAACGGCGCCUACUGCGCCGGGUUGGUCAUGGGUAUGGAGAGUUUAGGGCCGUCCAAACGCACUGCGUUCGGCAUGUUGAUGUGCCAGAUGCCCGCCGUCGGGUACCUGGUCCUGGGGCUGAUGGCCUACUUCAUCCGGGACUGGUGGCUCCUGCAACUGGCGCUGUCCCUCCCCACUCUACCCUUACUCAUGUACUGGUGGUUCGUGUCAGAGUCGCCACGAUGGUUGAUAGUUGCCAAGAAAACGGACAGGGCCAGGCUAGUCAUCGAGCGCAUCGCCAAAGAAAACGGCGUCAACUUUUCACAGGAAACCUUUCAAAAGUUGAACGGUUGUGCGGAGGGCCAAAAUGACGACGGAAGAACGCCACCUAGCAGCAAGAGUAGGAAGUACAGCAUUGUCGAUUUGGUCCGCACUCCGCAGAUGAGGAAGAUAACGCUGGCAAUGAACCUAGCAUGGUUGAUAGCCGUGUGUGUUUACUACAGCCUCGUGUUGGGGACGUCACAACUGAUCGGGGACCACUACGUCAACUUCGUCCUCGGCGCAUGCGUGGAAAUGGUGGCCAUAUGCGUCGCCUGGCUGCUGAUGGCCAGAUUUGGCGGGAAACGUCCGUUUAUCGGCUUCAUGUUAGUGGCUGGAGCGUCCUGUCUGGCCCUGGCCGGCGUGCCGCAUGACUCAGGGAUUGUCACCACCACACUGGCCAUGGUCGGGCGCUUCGGCAUCAGUAUCGGGUUCGGUACUCUCAUGGUGUUUUCGGCCGAGGUCUUCCCAACAGUCAUUAGAAAUAUGGGUGUGGGUCAGGCCAGCAUGGUCUCCAGACUGGGCGGGAUCGUGGCCCCGUUUGUCGGUCUCCUAGGUAACGCGUGGCGGCCCCUCCCGUUCCUGGUGUACGGGGUUCUGUGUUGCCUGGCGGGGGUGGCCGUGACAGUCAUCCCCGAGACGCUCGGUAUUUCUCUUCCCAACACACCCGAGGAUCUGGAGCGUUUAGUAAGAAGCCAGUUGACCACCGCUGCACCAGAGUUCCCGGAUGAAGCAGAACGCUCACGCGCGGUACCUGGCGUCGCCAACUCGUCUGCCACUACAACCGUGUAUCAGAUGGUCUCAAGCGUGUGA